AUGGCUCGAUAUGAGUGGAUGCACCUACAGUUGCAAGAUUUUAAGACCGUACGUGAGUAUAAUUUUGCUGUAUUUCGAAUAACUUUUCAAUUGAAAUUAUGUGGGGAUGUUAUGAAUGAUGAGCAUUUGUUGGAAAAGACUCUUACGACUUUUCAUGCCUCAAACAUGGUAUUACAGCAGCAAUACCGUGAAUGGGGUUUUAAAAAGUAUUCUGAAUUGAUCUCAUGCCUUCUGGUGGCUGAGCAACAUAAUACCCUUUUGCUGAAAAAUCAUGAAGCCCGUCCCACGGGGUCAGCUCCACUCCCUGAAGCGAAUAUGGUAGCUAGACGUGAUAAGUCUGGAAAAAGACUGAAUAAUAAUCAUGGCCAUAUAAAUGUAUGUGGGCAUGGCAAUGGUAAGAGACGAUAUAAUAGUCAUCAUCGUGGUGGUCAUGGCAAACGAGAGAACAAUAUGGGUUCUCAAAACAAUCCUUCAAGAGGCAAAAAAGGUAACUGCCAUAGUUGUGGCAUGAAAGGUCAUUGGAAAAUUGAAUGCCGUGCACCUGAGCAUUUUGUGAGGCUUUAUCAAAACUCCAUCAAAAGAAAGGCAAAUAAUGUUGAAUCAUCUUCUGCUAAUGCCCCAGUGGAGUCUCACCUGACCUUUAAAAAUGAUUUUGAGGUAGGGCUUUCAAACAAAAAUGAUAAUAAUGCCGAGUCAAAUCUUGCUUUGAAUAAUGAUGAUUUCAAGGCCAAUAUGAUCUUACUCAUUUGGAAGUUGAAGAUUUCUUUGGAGAUCAAAACUAAACUUUGA